CGGGGCAGUUGAAGAGUGGGGACGCAAGAGUGGGGAGGGCGCUGCCCAUUGCAAACCCCUUUGCUGAGUCGGGACCCACCUGUGUAAAUAACGGAGUUAACUCCCUGCUUACGUUACCUGGAGGGUCCUUACUCCCCCCACGGCAUAGGCUGAGCCUUUGCAGGCUGUACCUCCUGCAGAGGAGGGGCUGUCCGCCUGCCUGCGGAUAAAGUGCACAGGGUGGCUGCUACUGCAGUUUAAAUAUUUUCCAGAAGUUGCUUUCUUAAGUCUUUUCGCAUCCCGGAUUAGCAGAUGGCGGCACAAUGUGUAACAAAGGUGGAGCUGACCAUCUCCUGCAACAAUCUCCUGGAUAAAGAUGUUGGUUCAAAGUCAGAUCCACUGUGUGUACUUCUCCAUAAUACAAGUGGGCAGCAGUGGUAUGAGGUUGAUCGCACAGAAAGAAUUAAGAAUUCCUUGAACCCAAAGUUUUCCAAGAGGUUCCUAAUUGAUUACUACUUUGAACUGGUUCAGAAGUUUAAAUUUGGGAUUUAUGACAUUGACAACAAAACCAUUGAUCUAAGUGAUGAUGACUUCCUGGGAGAAUUUGAAUGCACUCUGGGACAAAUAGUCUCCUGCAAGACGCUGACAAGACCAUUAAUGUUUAAAAAUGGCAAACCUGCUGGGAAAGGAAGCAUUACGAUUACAGCAGAAGAAGUAAAGGAUAACAGAGUGGUCUUGUUCGAAAUAGAAGCAAGGAAACUAGACAAUAAGGAUAUUUUUGGAAAGUCAGACCCUUACUUGGAGUUCCACAAGCAGACUUCAGAAGGGAACUGGGUGAUGGUUCACAGAACUGAGGUUAUAAAAAACAACUUGAAUCCUGUCUGGAAGCCCUUUAAAAUACCUCUCAAUUCUCUGUGUUACAGUGAUAUGGAUAAAACAAUCAAGGUAGAGUGCUAUGAUUAUGACAAUGAUGGGUCUCAUGAUCUCAUAGGGAGUUUUCUAACCACGAUGUCAAAACUGAAUGAAGCUUCUCGAUCCUCACCGGCUGAAUUUGAAUGCAUCAAUGAGAAGAAGAGACAAAAGAAGAAAAGCUACAAAAAUUCUGGUGUCGUGAGUGUGAAACACUGUGAGAUUAUAGUGGAAUGCACGUUCCUUGAUUACAUCAUGGGAGGAUGUCAGCUGAAUUUCACUGUGGGGAUAGAUUUUACAGGCUCCAAUGGGGACCCUCGCUCACCAGACUCUCUACAUUACAUCAGCCCUAAUGGGGUUAAUGAAUACCUGACAGCCAUUUGGUCUGUAGGAAUGGUCAUUCAGGACUAUGAUGCAGAUAAAAUGUUUCCAGCCUUUGGAUUUGGUGCACAGAUUCCUCCUUCCUUUCAGGUAUCUCAUGAGUUUCCGUUAAACUUUAACCCAUCAAAUCCAUUCUGCACUGGAAUCCAAGGCAUUAUUGAUGCAUACCGGACCUGCCUUCCUCAAGUAAAAUUAUAUGGGCCAACCAAUUUUUCUCCAAUAAUAAACCAUGUGGCUACAUUAGCUGGUGCAGCUGCACAGCAACAGACAGCAUCACAAUAUUUUGUGCUCCUCAUCAUAACGGAUGGUGUGAUAACGGACCUUGAUGCAACCAGAUCCGCCAUAGUUAAUGCCGCAAAGCUUCCCAUGUCCAUUAUCAUUGUUGGCGUUGGAGGAGCUGAUUUCAGUGCCAUGGAGUUUCUUGAUGGUGACAAUGGAAGUCUCAGGUCCCCAACUGGAGAGCCAGCUAUCAGAGACAUUGUCCAGUUUGUGCCAUUUAGGCAGUUUCAAAAUGCUCCCAAAGAAGCCCUGGCUCAGUGUGUCCUGGCAGAAGUGCCUCAGCAAGUGGUAAACUACUUCAGCACGUACAAACUGCAGCCUCCCAAGAAUCCUGCCGCUAAGUGAGAGAGCACUGAGUGGGAGAGGCAAGUGAGGCUAACCCAGUUGGGAUUCCUGCAAUUCCCGCAUGUCAAUGGACUUGGGUCUUGAUUUUUUUUUUUUUUUUUUUUUUUUUUUUUUUUUUUUUUUUUUUGGUGUACAUUGGUUCAUACAUGUUAAUGUCUGUUUGCUUUUCCAUAGAAACAUUUACUUUGCCAGGUUUUUUUUUUUUUUUUUACUUUAGACAAAGAUGUAUCCCUGUUUAAUACUCAUGCAGAUUAUGAUAAAGGCCCCAGCUGGGCAAAUUUGGUAGAAAAUAACAUUUCAAGAAGUAAGCUGAAUAUGAAAAUCAUGAACCGACUGUGCCAAGUUGUUGGGUGUGGUGCUGCUGCUUUGUGCUGCAGGGCUGAUGUAAUAAGGACAUCAAGCUGGCUGAACUGCUCCAGGGAGAAUCACUCCAAUGUGCCAUGGUUCUUCAGUAUUGUAGAGCUGAUGUAGUGCCUAUAGAGAAGGAUAUGUGGCUGGGAUAUGUACUCGCGCUUCUAGCCUGGGCUACUUUUCAGGACCCUGUGACUGUUACAGGCUGGCAUAUGUUACAGCAGCCGUAACGCAGUGUUCAGCACCAGAGUUGGAGCAGUGCAAAAGCAGAGCUUUAAAGACACUUUUGCACACCAUCUCCUGACUUAUGGCUUUAGUUCCUCUUGGCCAUACCUGGGAAUCUGGGCCAUCAUCUCUCAAUACUAAUAAAAUGGAUGAAACAAUAAAUACAGGCUGCAUAAUGUGGAGCAUUAAAUAACUGUACAGAUGCAGCCAACUGCUUUUAAUCAAGGUAGCCAUCUAAAUGAUUUAAAAAAACUGUUGGCCUUCAGUGCAGAUGCUGUAAAAAGUUUUAAGAUUUAUAUGACAAUAUACGAUGCUGGAAAACUGCAAAUGCAAAUCACUUUAUGUAAAGCUAUCACAUGUGACUAUUAAUUGACCUUGGUGGUUACUAGUACAAAUUCCAUUUCUAAAGAGGAAAACAAAACUUCACUCUUGAAUUUUUAAGUUGCUCUAUAUAUUUUUUGUAAUUGUAUCUUCAUGUGGAGAGAGCUUUUGAAAGGACUACAGAAUGUGCCAUUUUAACCUGUUUUGUACAGGUCUUGAAAUGCCCCCUAGUUAGCUUUAAAGUGAGUGAUCUUUUAUUUUUCUGGCAGUACUUUCUCAGCUACCUUGUAUUAGUGGUGACCUGCAAUUAAUUUUUUUAAAAUUUGCAUUGUGCCCUUUUUUGUUUGCUCAUGGUAUACUUAAGUCUGAAAAAAUCCUAGGAAAAAACUUCUCUGCUUGCUUUUUUUAAAUCUUGGAGGUCUCUGAUGAAUAUUGUGACCUCUCAUCUUAUAGAAGGGGUGGGAAUUUGAAUUGUUAAUAUCCUCCCAUUCUUUUCAAGCAUCAGUUAGGCAUUGGUGUUAACAAACACUGAGUUUUUAAACUAACUAUAAAUCUUGACUCUCCCUUACUCUGCUUUCAAUGUUUUGUCUCUUUUGAUGUGUUAAUUUGAUUAGUUUUCCAAUUGCAGUAGGGUAGAGAGAACUAGAAUGUCUAAGGUCAGCAACUAGAAGGGGAACUUUUUUUUAACAAAACCCCUUCAGGCCUGUAGGUACAACUCAGACAGAGUCAAAGGCACAAAGAUCUUUCCUUUGCAGAUCAUCUUUAUGGAUGCUUCUUCUGCAACUACUCAAGUGCAUCACUCCCAUUGACUUCCAUAGGAGUCCUAUGUGCAAGGUCACUGCAGAAUCAGACGCUGAAUUUGGACUUUUCUUUGUGCUUACUGUAUUCACCAAUCCAGAUCUAUCUAUCACACUCAACUAUGUCCUCAACUCCUGGCUUGCUGAAUCCUGCCGCACUACAGUGUCACACGUAGGCCAGUGCAGCUGCUGAUGGGGGUUCCUCUCCCCUGAAGAAUUUUUUUUUUUAAAUAAUGUACUUUAGGGAAGAUUCCCCAUCACAGCAUAUAAUUCUGUUAAAUUUUAUUGCUGUUCUUGAAUCCUCUCUCUCUCUCUCUUUUGGUUGGAUCUUUCUCACUGGCAUUUGCCUUGCAGAAUUUAAGAAACUGGAAAAUCUGUCUAGUGCAGGGGCGGGCAAACUUUUUGGCCCAAGGGCCACAUCAGGUUUCCGAAAUAUUAUGGAGGGACGGUUAGGGGAGGCUGUGGCCCAGCCCCGCCCCCAAUCUGACCCCCCCGGCUUCUCACCCCCUGAUGGGGGGGGGGGCCACCAGGACCUCUGCCCCAUCCACCCCUCCCUGACUGCCUCCGGCCCCUGCCCCUGACUGCGCCACAUCCCCCCUGCCACCCCAUCCAACCCCUCCUCUCAUUCCUUAUUUCCCCUUGGUGACCCCUGCCCCAUCCAACCACCCCUUUUCUCUGACUGCCUCUGGAACCCCUGCACCUGACUGCCCCAUCCAACCCCCUCUCUCCUUCCUGACUGCCCCCCCGGGACCCCUGCCCCCAUUCAACCCCCGUUCCCCACCCUCUGACUGCCCCUCCCCCUAUCCACACCCCGCCUCCCUGACCACCACCCUGAACUCCCCUGUCCUCUAUCCAACACUCCCUGCCCUCUUACCGCGCUACCUGGAGUACCGGUGGCUGGCGGCGCUACAGCCGCACCUGCCCAGAGCACCAGGACAGGGAGCUGUGCUGCCCAGCUGGAGCCAGCCACACCACCGCCCAGCACAGAGCACCGGGUCAGGCCGGGCUCUGCAGCUGUGCUGCCCGGCAAGAGCUAGCAGCCCGGCUGCCCAGAGCAUUGCGCCGGCAGUGCAGUGAGCUGAGUCUGCAGGGGAGGGGCCGGGGACGAGCCUCCCAGGCCAGGAGCUCAGGGGCUGGGCAGGAGGGUCCUGCGGGCCAGAUGUGGCCUGCGGGCCGUAGUUUGCCCACCUCUGCUCUAGUGGGCAUCUCAAACUUUUCAGGCUCGAGCUCUUGCCUUCUUACUUGAACUCGUCUUCCCUUCUUUUCCCACAUUCCACUUAUACCCUGGGUCACUGGCAUAGCAACUCCUUCUGAUCCUACUUGCGUGUAUAAUACAUACGGUAAAUAAUGCAGAAAUUUUUGCUCAUUUCCUAAAUGUCUUAUGAACAUUUUAAUUCUGUAAUUAUGCAUUUGAAGUGGAUUAGAUUGGGAAAUGAUCUGAUUGGCUGACAAGGGUUCUGAGUUGUAUAAUGAUGAUAAACUGGAACUGUAUGGGCUGGAAUGAAUUUCCAAAGCAUUACAGUAGCCAUUCUAUGCACUCAGUAGAAUACUCGAUUGUAGUAGAUUAGAGUACAUAUAUGCCUUCAUUACGUGCUGGAACCUCUAGAUUUUUACUACAUUCUCUGCCGUAUGCAGAUACCAUCAAAAAAUCUGUUUGUAUUGCUGACUUAGAUGGACUAUCAUGAUAGCCCUAUGAUACUGUUUUAUGGGUUGUAGAUAGUCAGGUAAAAUGUUAGUUAAUAUGAUUGAAGCCAUAUGACUUUUGUUUUUGUUUUUCCCCAGGAUGUUCCCAAAUAGCUUGAAUAAUUGAAAUACUUCAUAUCAAGUCAAAUUCUAAUGGUCUGUUUUAAGCUAACUUGAUUUUUUUUUUGUUUACAGCUGAAGAAUUUAGAUACAGAAUCAUUCUUUACAUCAGAGAAGUGCAAGUGUUACUACUUUAUAAGUACAGUAAAUCAUUAAUUGUUGUACCUCAGACGCAAAGAAUUAAGUAUUGAGAGUAGGGAUCCAAGGGUGUCACAGCUGCAAAUUGAUAGCAAACUUAUUCACAGCAGUAAACUAAUGCCAAAUGUGCCAUUUUAAAAAGAGAGAACAAGGUGUGGCAUUAAUUCAUUAUGUAGAAGAACUGAAAUGUGUGCUCAUGAAUGGGAUCCUUUGGCGAUCCUCUCCACUGUCUACCAGAAUGAUUACGAAGUGGAUUCUUCUGAACUUCGAUGGUAGUACGCAGUAGCAUUUAAGAAUGUUACCUAUAUGUAAUAGUACCAGUAACUGAUUUUUAGAUAACGGCUAUCAUACCUCUGUUCUAUAUGGAAUACAUCCAAUAGAACAUGUGAACAGUUAAGACUACACAUAUGUGCUUUCAUACUUUCUGUAAUAGAGAACGCAUAGUAUUUUAUUUGGCAAGCCCUCCUGCCCUCUGGCCUCUUCAUGCUAGAAAAUGUACCAAUGACACCGAAUAGUCACUGUAUUUGAAAGAGCUAGGCUGGAUUUGCACAAAACCCCAACCUCCCCUUCUCUCAGGACUUCAGUACAUAUUUCUGUUGUGUGUCUUUUUCUCGGUGUUGCAAGACAGGCCACCCUCUGGUUCCUGAGCUAAUUUAAUUGUCCCUUUUUUUUUUUUUUAAUUCUUGUAUUAAAAAAAAAAAUCCAAACAUAGUACAGAUGGCUUUUUUGCCUGAAAAAGAAGGUAGUGUAGAACUGAAGGUGUUAAAGUGAAGUAAUGUUCCAAGGGCGGAAAUGCAUCAUCAGUUUUUCUAAUUUUAAAUGUAACAAAUGCCUUGGACUAAUGUUGACAAAUAUAACUAUAGCUGUACUUUAAUUUUCUGUUUUCAGUAGGAACGUGCUUGCAGCUUGCUAGCACCACCUUGUGGUAAAAGUUAUAUAUAGCAGUCUUCAUAAUCGAAGGUAGAUAUACUUUUUCCCCUUUGUUUGCUAAUAGUGUAUAUGCAUGUGUAUGGCAGAGAGAGAUCUUUGACCAGACUUCAAAAAAGUAAUUUCCUUAUAUAUUUGUGAUAAAGAUAAUUAAUGGAACAAGUAGAUUCUGAUGUCAUAUGACCGAAUUCAUUAAAACUGCAAACUUCAAUGUA